GUCAGCUGACUGUGUUGAGUGGGCAGGAACCUACCCACUUUGUAGGCCAUGGAGUUCUUGGCAUUGGAUGCCUCAUUAACUCUGCAUUAUGAGGCUCCCCUGGAGCCUUUGGGGAGAGAGCUCCCUGGUGACAGCCUGUGGCUGAGCAUGGCCCUCCCAGCCCUGGGCCUGGACCCCUGGAGCCUCCUGGGCCUUUUCCUCUUCCAACUGCUCCAGCUGCUGCUGCCGACGACGACCGCGGGGGGAGGCGGGCAGGGGCCCACGCCCAGGGUCAGAUACUAUGCAGGAGAUGAACGCAGGGCACUAAGCUUCUUCCACCAGAAGGGCCUCCAGGAUUUUGACACUCUGCUCCUGAGUGAUGAUGGAAAUACUCUCUAUGUGGGGGCUCGAGAAGCCAUUCUGGCCUUGGAUAUCCAGGAUCCAGGGGUGCUCAGUCUAAAGAACAUGAUACCAUGGCCCGCCAGUGACAGAAAGAAGAGUGAAUGUGCCUUUAAGAAGAAGAACAAUGAGACACAGUGUUUCAACUUCAUCCGUGUCCUGGUUUCUUACAAUGCAACCCAUCUCUACACCUGCGGCACCUUCGCCUUCAGCCCUGCUUGUACCUUCAUUGAACUUCAGGAUUCUUACCUGUUGCCCAUCUUGGAGGACAAGGUCACAGAGGGAAAAGGCCAAAGCCCUUUUGACCCCGCUCACAAGCAUACAGCUGUCUUGGUGGAUGGGACGCUCUAUUCUGGCACCAUGAACAACUUCCUGGGCAGUGAGCCCAUCCUGAUGCGCACACUGGGAUCCCAGCCUGUCCUCAAGACCGACACCUUCCUCCGAUGGCUGCAUCGUAAGGACCUGACCCCCGCUGGCCCCUUUCCUGAGUACCUGCUGACAAUGUGUCAGGUCCCGGAGGUAUUUGGGGGCUGGAGAGAGAGCUGCCUGGCAUGGCAGAGACUAGAGACAAUGUUCCCCCUGACUGUCUCUAGGCAGGUUGGCGGGACCAGGAGCUCUGCAGUUUGUGCCUUCUCUCUCAUGGACAUUGAACGUGUCUUUAAGGGGAAAUACAAAGAGUUGAACAAAGAAACUUCACGCUGGACUACUUACAGGGGCCCUGAGACCAACCCCCGGCCGGGCAGUUGCUCGGUGGGCCCCUCUUCCGAUAAGGCCUUGACCUUCAUGAAGGACCAUUUCCUGAUGGAUGAGCAGGUGGUGGGGACGCCCCUGCUGGUGAAGUCUGGCGUGGAGUAUACACGGCUUGCAGUGGAGACAGCCCAAGACCUUGAUGGGCACAGCUAUCUUGUCAUGUACCUGGGCACCACCACGGGGUCCCUCCACAAGGCUGUGGUGAGUGGGGACAGCAGUGCUCAUCUGGUGGAAGAGAUUCAGCUGUUCCCUGACCCUGAACCUGUUCGCAACCUGCAGCUGGCCCCCACCCAGGGUGCAGUAUUUGUGGGCUUCUCAGGAGGUGUCUGGAGGGUGCCCCGAGCCAACUGUAGUGUCUAUGAGAGCUGUGUGGACUGUGUCCUUGCCCGGGACCCCCACUGUGCCUGGGACCCUGAGUCCCGAACCUGUUGCCUCCUGUCUGCCCCCAACCUGAAUUCCUGGAAGCAGGACAUGGAGCACGGGAACCCAGGGUGGGCAUGUGCCAGUGGCCCUAUGGGCAGGAGCCUCCGGCCUCAGAGCCGCCCACAAAUCAUUAAAGAAGUCCUGGCUGUCCCCAGCUCCAUCCUGGAGCUCCCCUGUCCCCACCUGUCAGCCUUGGCCUCUUACUAUUGGAGUCAUGGCCCAGCUGCAGUCCCAGAAGCCUCUUCCACGAUCUACAAUGGCUCUCUCUUGCUGAUACUGCAGGAUGGGGUUGGGGGUCUCUACCAGUGCUGGGCCACUGAGAAUGGCUUCUCAUACCCUGUGGUCUCCUAUUGGGUAGACAGCCAGGACCAGCCCCUGGCCCUGGAUCCUGAACUGGCAGGCAUCCCCCGGGAGCACGUGGAGGUCCCGUUGACCAGGGUCAGUGGUGGGGCCGCCCUGGCUGCCCAGCGGUCCUACUGGCCCCACUUUGUCACUGUCACUGUCCUCCUUGCCUUAGUGCUUUCAGCAGCCCUCAUCAUCCUCUUGGCCUCCCCAUUAGGAGCGCUCCGGGCUCGGGGCAAGGUUCAGGGCUGUGGGACCCUGCCCCCUGGGGAGAAGGCCCCGUUGAGCAGAGAGCAACACCUCCAGCCUCCCAAGGAAUGCAGGACCUCUGCCAGUGAUGUGGACGCUGAUAGCAACUGCCUAGGCACUGAGGUGGCUUAACUCUAGGCACAGGCUGGGGCUGCAGGACAGGCACCUGGCCAUGCUGGCUGGGUGGCACCAGCACAGCCCUGACUAGGAUGAGAGUAGCACAGAAGACCACCGUCCUCCCCUGAGAGGAGCUUCUGCUACUCCUCAUCACCGAUGGCACUCAGCAGGGUCGUGCACAGCAGUCUGCCUCCCCUGUGGGACUCCCUUCUGCCAAGCACAUGGGCUCUCUAGCAGAGUAGGGGCUAUCCACACACCUGCUCCUACGCUGAUAUUGAAGAACCUGGAGAGGAUCCUUCAGUUCUGGCUGUUCCAGGGACCCUCCAGAAACACUGUUCCAAGAGACCCUAAAAAGCCUGCCUGCCGCAGGACCCAAUGGUAAUAAAAACCAAACAUCUAAAGAACCAUAUGCUAAUAGACCACUCCUGGAAACUCCGCUCUGAAGCUGCCACUUUGGACACCAACACUCCCUUCUCCCAGGGUCGUGCCGGGAGCUGCUCCUUCUUGCUUCCCUUACCGGUCAUGCACCACUGAUUCCCAGGAAGUCUUUCCUGAAGUCUGACCACCUUCCUUCUUGCUUCAGUUGGGGCAGACUGUGAUCCCUUCUGCGCUGGCAGAAUGGCAGGGGUAAUCUGAGCCUUGUUCACUCCUUUACCCUACCUGAUCCCUUGACCUCUCCCCCUCCCUUUUCCUUUGUUUUGGGAUUCAGAAAACUGCUUGUCAGAGACUGUUUAUUUUUUAUUAAAAAUACAAAGCUUAUGUA